CCCUGUUCUUCCUCCAUUUGCAUUGACAAAAACAGCAACCAACCAACCAACCUUGAUCUACUUGCAUCGGUCUCUAGCACUUCAUAUAUUAAACAGAGUACCAAGAGUUCUUGUUCUUGAAAAAUGGCCGGAAUUGUGGUGGUUUUCGACUUUGACAAUACCAUCAUCGACUGCGACAGCGACAACUUUGUCGUCGACGGGUUGGGUGCCACCGACUUGUUCAAUGAGCUCCUCCCUACCAUGCCAUGGAACUCACUCAUGGCUAGGAUGAUGAAGGAGCUUCAUUCACGAGGAAAAACAAUCGAGGACAUUGUGGAGGUGCUCAGAACGACUCCUAUUCAUCACAGAAUUGUGGCAGCCAUUAAAGCAGCUCAUGCUUUAGGAUGUGAUUUGAGGAUUGUGAGUGAUGCGAAUGUGUUUUUCAUAGAGACGAUUUUGAAGCAUCUUGGUCUGGAGGAAUGUUUCUCAGAAAUCAACACUAACCCAGGUUACGUUGAUGAAGAAGGAAGGGUUAGGAUUUCACCUUUCUGUGACUUCACCAGUUCCCCUCAUGGGUGUAGCCUCUGCCCUCCUAACAUGUGCAAGAGCGUGAUAAUUGAGAGAAUCCAAGCUUCAAUUGAAGCAAGGAAAAGAAUGAUAUACUUGGGUGAUGGAGUUGGUGAUUAUUGCCCAAGCUUGAAGCUGAGGGAAGGAGAUUUUGUGAUGCCAAGGAAGAAUUUCCCGCUUUUUGAUAAGAUUUUCCAGAACCCUCUGGCUCUUAAGGCUGAGAUUCAUGAGUGGACUGAUGGAGAAGAGUUUGAGCACAUUUUGCUCAAUUUGAUGAACACAAUCGCCAUUGAACAGAAUGCUGCUGCUCAGUUAAUUACAACUGACUGCAAGUUACAGACCAUCUCUGUUUCCGGUCAUGAGGCCUUCCGUAAAGCUCUCCCAGUUUAGAAGUAGUGGAUUUGAAUGGUCAUUUUGUAUCAUUGUAUGUAUGUAACUAGAGUAAUAUUUUUGCUGGCAAAUUGUUGUAGUAAGCUAGCAAAAUGUUGCAAAUUCAGAGAAUCCCUUGUUUUAUUGGUCUAGAAAUGAGCUAAGUUUCCGAGUUUGUGAUUUUAAUUGAUCAAGAAAAUUGGAUCAUUGAAAAUGAAAAAUAAAAAUCCAGGGAACCUGAUUAUAGU